AUGGCAUCGCGGACACUCGUAGUCGACAAUGGCGCGUCGACCAUAAAGUGCGGGUUUGCCGACGAAAAAACCUAUAGGACGAUUCCCAACAACAUCACUCGGUCCAAGGCGGAACGGAAAACGUUCGUGGGAGAUCAGCUAGGGACCUGCAAGGAUUUUUCUGGUCUUUACUACCGGUUACCGUUCGAGAAGGGCCUGCUCACCAGCUGGGAUGUCGAGAAGCAAGUUUGGGACAGAUUGUUCACAGGAAAGAUCACGCCGUGCGACCCUGCAACGACAACGUUGGUCAUUUCAGAGCCAAUCUUGAAUCUACCCAACAUCGCAACGACCUACGACCAACUUGUAUUUGAGGAAUAUGGCUUUCAAUCCUAUACCCGCAUGUCCGCUCCACAGAUGGCCAUGUACAACGAAAUCCCACGGCUGUACGGACAAAGGAUGAGUAGCGGAAAGAAGAGAGUCGAUUGCGCCUUGAUUGUGGACUCUGGAUAUUCAUUCACGCACAUUGUGCCCUUCUGGAAGGGUAAGCCGAUUCUGGUGGGCAUCAGGAGGAUCAACGUCGGCGGGAAGCUGCUCACAAACCAUUUGAAGGAGAUCAUCUCCUUUCGAUACUGGAACAUGAUGGACGAAACCCAUCUCGUGAAUGAGGUCAAAGAGGCUUGCUGCUACGUCUCUGACAACUUUUGGGAAGAACUGGACAUUUGCAAAAAAUCCCCGCGAGCCAACAAGAUCCUCCAGCAUUACGUCCUCCCAGACUACUCUAUGCAGCAAACAGGCUAUAUCAAGGGCAAAGGAAAGGCUAAAAAGCCCAAGAAACGGAAGAAUGAGGAUGACAUGGCGGUUGACAACGACAAGAAUGGAGAUGAGCAGAUCCUGACGAUGAAUAAUGAGCGGUUCACAGUACCAGAGAUCCUCUUUAACCCAUCGGAUAUCGGCAUGGAGCAAGCCGGCAUUCCAGAAGCAAUUGUCGAUGCUAUUUCGGCUUGUGAUGAAGAAAUCCAAGGCAUGCUCUAUGCGAAUGUAGUCUUGAUCGGCGGUAAUGCCAAGCUCCCAGGGUUCAAGGAAAGAGUUACGCAUGACCUCCGUCAGUUUGUGCCCUCCGAAUACGAGGUCCGAGUCGGUGUCGAUAAAGAUCCUCUGGGAUACGCAUGGAAGGGUGCGAAAGGACUCGCUACUAUGGACGAGUUUGCAAGCGAGUUCAAGAGCCGGCUGGUGACCAGGGCUGAGUACCUCGAAAGUGGCAGCUAUCUGUGCGAGUCGCGAUUCCGAUCUGGAGUAUAG